CUGGUAUUUUAAAGGUACCAAUAUGGCGGAGGCUUCCUUUGGAAGUACGAGCCCAGUUGGCUCUCUGUCUUCGGAAGACCAUGACUUUGAUCCAACAGCGGAGAUGUUGGUCCAUGAUUAUGACGACGAGCGAACGUUGGAGGAUGAAGAGAUGCAGGACGAAGGAUCAAGUGUCAGUGCAGAAAUAGAUGAUUUAGAAAAGGAGGGAAACAUGCCACUAGAGGAGCUGUUGACAAUGUACAGAUAUGAGGCCUCUGUCAGCCUGGCAGGAGGCUCCAGUGCAGAUAGCUCUUCUGCAGAACUAACAGACGAACUACCCGACAUGACUUUGGAUAAAGAGGAAAUUGCUAAAGAUCUACUGUCGGGCGACGAUGAAGAAACACAGUCCUCAGCAGAUGACCUCACACCUUCGGUCACAUCCCAUGAAACCAGCGACUUCUUCCCUCGAACAUUGCGCUCUAACACCAUAUAUGAUGGGGACAAGGAAUCAGAGGGAGAGGAAGAUAGUGUGUGUCCUGACGAUUCCAGAAAGGAAAUAAUGGUUGGAUCCCAGUAUCAAGCUGAAAUCCCUACACUUGUCUGCAACCAUGAUAAUGAUGAAAAGGUGUAUGAGAACGAAGACCAGUUGCUAUGGCAGCCUGACUCCCUGUCCGAGCAGAGAGUCAAAGACUACCUGCGUGACAGUGCCGCCCCAUUAGUGGAUGGGAAGGUGGCCACAGUGCCUCAGGGUUGUCUUGUUCAAGACAAUGAGCAGGCCUUGUAUGAGCUUGUGAAGUGCAACUAUAACGUCCAAGAUGCUCUGGAGCGAUACCGCAGGAGUGGCAAGACCUUGAAAGGGCAAAUGUCCCCGUGGUCCGAAGAAGAAUGCAGAAACUUUGAACACGCGCUGCUCCUGUACGAGAAAAACUUUCACCUCAUACAGAAGCAUAAGGUGAAAACAAGGACAGUGGCCGAGUGUGUGGCCUUCUACUACAUGUGGAAAAAAUCGGAGCGCUUCGAUUUCUUCGUCCAGCAAAACCGGUUUGGGAAAAAGAAGUACACCAGCUACCCCGGCGUAACGGACCUUAUGGACCGCUUGGUGGAUGAGGCGGAGGGCCUGGUGGAUGGUUCAGCUUCUGUGUGCUCCAGUGGCAGUGGUGGGAUGGAGCCCACAGCCGAGCAGCAGCUCAGCCUUCUCAACUCCAUCACUGCCAGCGACCUUUCUGCAUUGACCAGCAGCGUAGCAUCGGUGUGCAACACAGCAGAUGUAAACUGCCUGGACUCGUACAGUUUUCCCCAGCUAGAGGGCCUCCACCGGGCCUCCCUAAACCACAACGAGGCCCUGGGCUUCACCCCCAAUGGACCUGUAGAUCCCGACUGCCUCAACCUGCUUGGUGCCGGGUUCUACCACUCUGACCUGGGACAGCUGGGUGCCUGUGCCACAGACUGCGAGCGCCCACCCUCCAAGCGCCUCAAGUUGAGCUUGUCGGAGCCCUUCAAUCAGGCCGCUGUGGGGAACUUGGGGCUUGAUUAUGAGGCAGCCACGCGCGCGCACCACAUCACCAGCGCCAAAAUGGCUGUGUCAGUUACGGACUUUGGCAGCCGGGGAUCUGGCGAGGCUAACAGCUACAUGGGAGUACACUCGCACGCUCACACUCACACAUUGCACCAACAGCAUACGGCGGUACAAUCCGAGUGAAGUGUGACCCUCCCACAGACUGUACAUAUUUGUUAGAGAAUCUAUUUGCUGUUCUAAAUAUGUGUGUGUGUGUAUAUGUGCGCACAGACACAACCUUUUUUACUAUGACAUCAGUGAUGUCAUCUUGUACAGAACUAAAGGAACUAGAGGAACAAAAUCUUGAAUUCUCAAGAGUUGAAUAGCCAUUUAUUUUCAGUCCUAAACUCUGUGAAAGGUUUUGCAAAAACCACCACACACAUGAUCUGUAGUGUCUUCAUAUGGUGGGACUGAACCUACAUUGGGAUAG